CAAUCAGGUAUAAGGUAGGUCAGUGUCAUCUGCUGGAUAAGACAGAACACUUGGUAGCACCAUGGAUCAGUGCUCAACACUUACUGAGUUGUUGAAGCAAAUAUCUGACUAAACAUGUCUUGAAUAAACAGAGUUGCUUAAAAACCCAGUUAACAUAUUUUUUUAUUUAAAGGCAACUAAGAGACAAGGCCAUCCAUCAUCUACGUCUGUUUGACGUGUUGUUUGAUAUCCCCAUUAGUCUGCUAGCAAGAAUAUGAUAAUUGCAGUAAUGGCAGCUUAAAUACCCACUUCCACACAAGUCCCUUUAAUUGUUUUUCUUGCUUCUUCUCGUUACCUACCUGCUCGAUCACGGCUCUUUCACACAACGGUGACAAUGAGGGUCGCUUGCAACUACAGGCUUUUGUCACUUUCGCUUUCUUUGAACUUCAUCGUCAGCUGUAAAAGUAUAAAUCUCCAGACGCUGGAUUCGACAUAUAAAACGGAGGGCUCUGGUUUCUUAUUUUAGUGUUUAUUUUCCUCAUUUUAAAAAGCGAGUCUUUGCAACUGAACGACAGUACAAAACCGCGGCCCUGAUGCGCACGCGUGCCGACAGAGCGAUGGAUAAUCUACACGGAGAACCGCUUCCACAGGUCGACGAUUUAAACUCUCUGACAUCUAAGCUGCUCGCCGAAUGGGGCUGGAAAGCUGAAGAAGUGAAGGAUUUCGAGAGGGAUCAAGAGGUACCAGCGAAUGCCUUAUCUCCGGCAUCGUCCUUCGAAUCCUUCUGCCCGUCUCCACCCCGUUUCGGUGAUUCAGAACAGAAAGUGUCCCUGGUAAACAUUGCGCCUCAUUCUCUGGGGAGCUGCGGUCGAUCGUUGGCUCCGACCACUGCUAAUCACAGGGCAGUCAAACCCAAGAUGUCUAUUAAACGGAGAAUGAAAGCAAGCGAAAGGGAGAAGCUUCGAAUGAGGAGUUUGGCCGAUGCUCUGCACCAGCUACGGGACUAUUUACCUGCAGACUAUAGCCAAAGAGGACAGCCACUCACCAAAAUACAGACGCUCAAAUACACCAUCCAGUACAUCAAUGAACUUUCGGAGUUACUCAGAAACAAAUGAGACUGUCUUGUUUGAGCAAAAAAAAAAAAAAAAAACUGUGACGUUUGAGGAUUACUGUGUCCACCGUAAACAACGGAUUAAUACGUUCGCAAUUGGCUACGUCAGUGCUUCAAACCAUUGCUAAUGCUUGUACAAUUAUUCUGUAUUUUGUUAAAUUUAACCAAAGCGGGUGUAUAUGGACAGUAAAGGAAGAUUAUUUUCUAUUUUAUAUUAGCGGUUUUCUUGGAAGUACGUUGUACUGCAGUGGGAAUGGACUAGUCCAUGUUUGAACCGCUACUAAUCAGAUAACGGAAUUCUUGGUUCUUGCUUCAUUUGGCAGAAUAAGGAGCAUGCUAAAAUCACUAAAAAGCUUCCUGAUAUAUAUAAAUGUACACAACUAAAGUAACUUUUUUAAAGACUGAAUAUUGUGCGUGGAAACUGUCUUUAUUACAUUUCGGAUCUGCAAAGUGGAAUUAAUGCCGAUGCUGAUUUAUAAUAAACCGGGUUUAAGUUUAGUAGUCAUGAUCUCUUUAGUUAAUUGAAUGAAUGGGGGUUGUGGUCGGGUUUGGUGUGGUGGAUGGACAAACGAGUUGACAGGUAUGCAUUAGGUAGGACAUACUUUCAUUUCGUCUUUUUCAGUUUUAGCCUAGUACAUUGAAAAAACACAUCGCUAUUCAGUGUGCGAUAGAGCAUGUUGCA